AUGAAUUGGGAAGAUAUCAAUAGCAUAUUUAUCUUAUUUUUAUCCGUUGUCCUCUUCUUCUUUUUGUUACAUACUCCAACAAGCUCCAAAAUCACUAGAUUUGUAUUGAAAAUGGUCAACCAAGCUAAACGAAUGACAUCCUAUUAUUCUGCUCCAUCGAUGGACGAUGUCAUCUUAAAAAGGGGUGGAUUUGUCGCUGGGCUUGUUAAUGACGGCAACACAUGCUUCAUGAACUCUGUUUUACAAUCGCUAGCCUCCUCGAGGGAACUGGCCCAUUUUUUAGAUGAUAUUAUCGAAGAAUCUGAACCCAAUAAGAACGAAUUGAACUUCAGUGUAGCAUUUAAAACUUUACUGGAUAAACUAAAUGCCAAAUACGGUAGGAACCGGAAGUACUAUAGACCAAAUGCACUACUAAAAACCAUGGAAUCUGGCCCAAAUAAAAAUAUCCUACUUGGCUAUGACCAAGAGGAUGCCCAAGAAUUUUUUCAACAAAUCAUAUCACAGUUGGAGAAAGAUUUAAAGAAGGAGGAUACCGAUGGUGAUUUUAAGAAGGAAGAGUCUGUUCAACCGUCCAGUGAAGAUGACAAGACACCUAUAUUGGAAAGUGAUCUUCCGGCUGAUGCCCUUUUGAAUCAAGAGAACUUGGAAAAAGUUGGGACAGUAUAUAUUCCCACUGAACAGGUUGAGCCAAAUUUUGCCCUUGGCAAAGGUGAACAUGAAUCUUUCUACACUCCCUAUAAAUUAUUGACCCCAUUGGACGGGAUAAUUGCCGAAAGAAUCGGUUGUUUAAACUGUGGUGAGAAUGGUGGAAUCAGAUACUCCGUCUCCUCCGGUUUGAGUUUGAAUCUCCCAAAUGAAAACAUUGGGGCGACAUUGAAACUUUCUGAACUAUUAGAUAAAUGGGUGGAGCCUGAAAUUAUUGAAGGUGUUGAUUGUAAUAGAUGUGCAUUAGAGGCCGUUCGCUCUCACUUACUGGAACAAUUAGAGGGUUUUGAAAAAAAUGAGAAGGCGCCACCCGCAAAACUAAUUGAUGCAAUGAAAGAACGAGUUAAAGUUUUGGAGGAAACUUUGCUGAAACCAGCUAUUGAUGAUGAGGAUUACAAAAAAUUGCAUACUGACAAUAUGGUGCGGAAAUGUUCCAAAUCUAAACAAGUUGUGAUUUCCAGACCGCCUCCAUUGCUAUCUAUUCACAUCAACAGAUCUGUUUUCGAUCCCAGAACAUACAUGAUUUGCAAGAAUGGCUCCAGAGUGUUGUUCAAAUCAAAGUUGAACCUUGAUCAAUGGUGUUGUUCACCCUUGGAAAUCAAUCUAGAUGCACGUCUUCCUAUGUCGAAGAAACAGAAACGUUCCAGGGAUUCUAGUGAAGAGGAGGAAGAGGAACUCGCUUAUUUUAGCAAGCUACAUCAGCGGUUUCAACGUGAAUUUGAGGACAGUAGCGAAGACGAAGAACCGAUUAGGACUGAUAAGAAUGUCAAAGAUUAUGACCCUUUGGGAGGACAGUACGACAGUGACGACUCAUCAUCCGAUUUUUCAAGCCAGAAGGAAGAUGAAGAAUAUAUUGAGGAAACGGAUGCCUUGGGGAAUAGUGUUAGAAGAAAGGUUGUUCGGGAAGAAGAUGGCGAUGGCGAAAAUACAGUGAGCAAGAAUCUUCUCCUAGAUCCAGGAAAUGGCAGGGGUGUAAGUGGUGGAAAUAAAGAUUUUGAAGAGGAGGAAGAAGAUGAUGAAGCAGGAAAUGAAGGAGAGGAAGAAGAUGAAGCAGAAAAGGAAGAAGAGGUGGUGGAACCCCCCCCAAUACGAGGAUAUUGCAGGAACUGCAGAAACUUCUUCCCCCCAGUUCCAAAGGUUUCAAAACCCGCGACACCAUUGACCUACUCUUUGCGCUCUGUUAUCGUACAUUAUGGGACUCAUAAUUACGGUCAUUAUAUUGCAUUCAGAAAGUACAGAGGUUGUUGGUGGAGAAUAUCUGAUGAGACUGUUGGUAUUGUUACGGAAGCUGAGGUCUUGUCCACUCCUGGUGUUUUUAUGCUCUUCUAUGAGUAUGAUUAUGACGAAGCUACUGGAAAACUGAGAGACGACGUUGAUCAGGAACAAAUGUCUGACGAAAUUAAAAUAAUUCAGAGUACUGCUACUUCUGAAAAUCAAAAGGAGGAAAGUGAAGACGACGACCUAACAAAAUUUGGAGAGGAAGAACAAGAAGAAGAAAACGAGGAAGGGGGCGGAGAUUUAUCAGAUGGACAAGAACAGGAAGAAAUCAAGCAUAUAGAAAACGUUGAAAUCGAAAGUAAUGAUGGGUGA